AAAAAGGGGGGUAAAGAAAGCAAAGUAAAAAAAAGGUAAAUGACUGUUUUCCCCCUCCUCCCUCUUCCCAUCGCUCUCAUCUCAUCUUCAAUCCUCUUCCCCUACCAAUUAAUAUGACACCAUUCCCCUAAAACCCUAGAAAUCCUCGUCAAAUCCCCAAAUCCAUGGAACCCGAAUCUCAAUCUUCAUCCACCAUCAACCAACAGGGCCCCCAUGGCGCCCUAUUCUUGGUCCUCGGCUACCUCCAGCUCCCAGAUCUCCUCUCCUUCCAAAGAUCAUGCAGAUCCCUCAGAGACGCCGUCGCCGGCGACAGCCUCCUAUGGCGUCGCAUCGCCGUCGACCCCCCUCUGAGUUCUAGGCUCACCGACGAAUCCCUUUCGAGGAUGGCCUCGAGAGCUGAAGGAAAGAUGAGGUUUUUGGGGCUCUUUGACUGCACGAGGGUUACUGAUGCUGGGUUGAUGAACGUUGUUAGGCGCAAUCCUGAGAUCACCAAGCUACAUGUACCUGGAUGUACUAACUUAACUGCGGAUGGGGUGGUGAGGGCAGUGAAAUGGCUGACCGAACAUAAGGGCUGCGUUGAGAGUCUCCGGAUCCGUGGCCUCCGCAACAUAAGGAUAGACCAUCUAGAUUUGCUCAAGUCCUUAGUUUUCAAAAGAAAUGUAGAACAAGUUCCACAACAAUAUUUCUAUGGUAAUUGGCAUUCUCUACCACCUAACAGCGACGACAGACGUCUAAUUGAUGUAGAUAUCUGCCCAAAGUGUACAAACAUAAGGCUGGUGUUUGAUUGCACAAGGGAAAAUUGCAGAACGAUGAAGGACAGGUGGAGCGAGUGCCGAGGAUGUUUCUUCUGCAUUGCCAGAUGUGAGGACUGUGGAGGCUGCAUCGACUCUGACUAUAUCGGAGAUGAGACAGCAUGCUCACAUCUCUUAUGUCUUGAGUGUUGGCUUCGUCUUCCCAAGUGCAACCUCUGCAAUCGACCCUACUGCUUCGGGCAUGAGAAGGGAUCCUUCGCCUCUAAUUCUACUUCUGGGUUUGUGUGUGAACAUUGUAAUGAGGAAACUGAAGCCUUAACCAACGACAUCAACUAGAACUACAUCCAUUAAUUUGGCUGCCGCCAUUGUGUUAAUAUCAUGCUCAAUCUCAUGGUGACCUUUGUCCCUUGGAUAUCUUUCUAGUCUAUAUUCAUUAUCCCUAAGAUUCUGAAAGGAAUGUGAAUCCUUGUAACAUUAUCAUAUUGGCACUUGAUAAUUUUGUGAUUUUGUUAAAUGAGGGGUUUGGUUCUUA